AAUUGUUAACCAAUAAAAAAGCAUUGUAGUGCUGCGAAUGUUUGGUGUGACUUUUGAGCGGAAAUUCUGCAACAUCUGCCGAGCACAUAAUUAUUCUCAGCGUGUAUAGUUGAUUCUAGAAGACGAUACUCUGUACGAUAAAGCUUUUCCUUGCUAUUUUGCCUGCGUAAAUUAGUGUUGUUGUUAGCUGUGGAGCCACAAAUAUUCGAUCUUUUUUCUGUUUUUUUGGUUGCGUAUGCUGGAGUACUUCUAGAUCCGAUCCGUUCUGAAAUAUAUUCGAUCAUUGAACGUCAGCAGGAGGAGUUUUGGGUGGAUAAAAGUCACAGGAAAAACACUGCAUUACUGAUUGUGCUGUUCCCGUAUCGGCAAACUAAAUACGGAUCCUUUCCUAAGUUUCAUUGUUAUAUCCAUUUAAACACAUUACAUGCACAGCGUGUCAUUAGUAAAAGUGUCUAGCGAAGCAAAAAAGAUGCACCAUACCGAAAAUGAUAAAAAACGAGCCAAUUUUUCGGCGUUGAACCCUGUAAAUGGAGCUAUUAUUAAAACGACCACCACUGGAAAGCCUGGCGAUGUAAAAAAAAUCAUUAUCAAGAAUAUGAAAUCUUUUCCCUCAAUUCCGGAAAACUUCGAAGAAACUACAUGGAACCAGCUGCGAAAAGCGGUAAUUGCCAUUCAAACUUCGACGCCAAUUGAAUAUUCGCUGGAAUGUCUUUGCCAAGCGGUAUCACACAUGUGUGAAGACAAGAUGGACUCACAGUUAUACGUUAACCUGACAGCCUUAGUUGAGCAGCAUGUGAAGGCAAAUAUUGUACCAUUUUUAUCUGAGUCGGGAGACAAAUUGGUAUAUCUGAAGAAAAUGAAUGAUUAUUGGCAAUCGCACUGUCAACAGAUGAUCAUGAUCCGCAGCAUAUUUCUCUACCUUGAUCGUAUAUACGUCUUGAAUAACCCAACAGUACACUCAAUAUGGGAGAUGGGAUUAGAACUGUUUCGCGACCAUAUCGCUAUGAACAAUUUGGUUCAAGCACGCACCGUUGAAGGAAUACUUAUUCUGAUUGAAAAAGAACGUCACGGUGACACCGUUGAUCGAUCUCUGUUGAAAAGCCUUUUACGAAUGUUGUCCGACCUUCAAAUUUAUCGGGAUGCCUUUGAGCAAAAGUUUCUUAUGGCCACAAAACAUCUGUAUCAAGCUGAGGGGCAGGCCAAGAUGGAAGAACUGGACGUUCCGGACUAUUUGCAACAUGUGGAUAAACGUUUGAAUGAAGAGGAAGAGCGCCUGGAACAUUAUCUAGACGGCUGUACAAGGCAUCAGUUGAUAGUGACGGUGGAGAGACAGUUAAUUAACGAACACGUAACUGGAAUAUUGCAAAAAGGGUUAGACCAACUUCUUGAGGAAAACAGGCUGGCCGAUCUAACUCGUCUUUACAAGUUGUUCUGCCGUGUGAAGAAUGGUACCACGGAGCUAUGCGCACACUUUAAUGCAUACAUUAAAAAGAAAGGGCGAACAAUUGUCAUCGAUCCGGAGAAGGACAAAUCUAUGGUGCAAGAUUUGUUAGAUUACAAAGACAAAAUGGAUAAUAUCGUCAAUACAUGCUUCGAAAAAAACGAAAAAUUCGGUAACUCAUUGCGUGAAGCCUUCGAGUACUUUAUAAACCAGAGAUCUAACAAACCUGCUGAGUUAAUUGCAAAGUAUGUGGACAUGAAGCUACGGGCGGGCAACAAAGAAGCAACGGAAGAGGAAUUGGAACAGAUCCUUGAUAAGAUCAUGGUACAAUUUCGAUUCAUUCACGGUAAAGACGUAUUCGAGGCGUUUUACAAAAAAGAUCUUGCCAAACGUCUACUGGUUGGUAAGUCUGCUUCGGUUGAUGCAGAAAAAAGCAUGUUGUCUAAACUAAAGCAGGAAUGCGGUGGCGGAUUCACUUCCAAACUAGAAGGCAUGUUCAAGGAUAUGGAAUUAAGCCGAGAUAUCAAUUUUGCGUUCAAACAGAGUAUGCAAAAUUCGGAACACAAAGAGCUUCAAAAUAUCGAUCUUACUGUAAACAUACUGACAAUGGGAUUCUGGCCAACUUAUCCGGUAAUGGAAGUUACUCUUCCACAAGAAUUGUUACAGUAUCAAUCGAUUUUCAACAAAUUUUACCUAGCAAAACAUAGUGGACGAAAGCUUCAAUGGCAGCCAACGCUUGGUCAUUGCGUGCUUAAAGCACAAUUUGAUGCGGGACCAAAAGAUUUGCAAGUAUCUCUUUUUCAAGCUCUAGUGCUGCUAUUGUUCAACUAUAACGCUGCUAUUUCAUUUGAAGAAAUACGCGCAGCAGUUAUUAUAGAGGUUGGAGAAUUGAAGCGCACCUUACAAUCGCUUGCCUGCGGUAAGGCCCGCGUUCUUACAAAAAUACCCAAAGGUCGUGAGGUGGAAACUACAGACAAGUUUCAGUUCAACAACGAGUUCACCAAUAAGUUGUUUAGGAUCAAAAUCAAUCAAAUCCAAAUGAAGGAAACGACGGAAGAACAAAAAGCCACUGAAGAGCGUGUAUACCAAGAUCGUCAGUAUCAAAUCGAUGCAGCAAUUGUACGAAUUAUGAAAAUGAGGAAAACGCUUAGCCACAACUUAUUGAUCACGGAGCUGUAUAAACAGCUUACUUUUCCGGUGAAGCCUGCUGACUUAAAGAAACGGAUCGAAUCUUUAAUUGAUCGAGAUUACAUGGAACGAGAUAAGGAUAAUCAAAACCAAUACAACUAUGUUGCCUAAAUCUCUCAAGGAGUAUUAUCAGGCAAUGCGGAACAUCUUGUGAAACUUUGUUUAUAAGAAGUUCUCUUGUCAGUAAAGGAAAACACCAAACUUUUGAGACAUGCAAGAUAAUGUCAUAUAGCUAAAGAACUAAUUUUCUUCCGAUCAUGUUAUGCUCGAAAAAGUAAUGGCGUUGACAUUCAUACAGCUGGAUGAUUAUGUGUAUCGCAGACUAUCUCUUACAACGGAAGGGAAGACGGCACUACAGUUUAACUGCUCGUUAAUUUUAAACAAUCGUAUGUACAUUUUGUAAUAAACCGGCGAAGAGUG